CCCGCCCGCCCCCGGCUUUCCCUUUCCCCUCCCCCUGCAUUUCGCCACCCGGUCCAUGGAGUUCCUCGGCGAUCGGCACAUGCACCUGGGCGAGGCCCCGGCCUCGGGCAGUGCUCUGUCCGCCGCCGCGGAACCGGGCCCGGUCGCCCCUGCCACCGAGCAAGCCCAAGACCAUCCAUUCGACCAAAUGAGCCCCGCGGAACUGGCCAUCUUGGUUGAGCUUCGCGCCACCAUGCACACCGUCCGGGAACUCAACGCCAAUCUGGACCUUUUGAAAGCCUUGCUAGACGACGGGCUGGCGAGUGACAGCACCUCCGCUGCUGGACAGCAGGUGGACACGUCGCGCGCGCGGCUGGUUCGAUCGCAAUCUACCGCCAUCAAGGCCCUAGAAUUCUCGUGGAUGCGACUCUUCCGCGCCACAGUCAAGCUCUCCUCCCAGGAAGCCCCUCCCGAGUCGAGUGCACCACCACCGCCAGCUGAGUCUCCCGGCGAUGACUCGCCUGUUGAUGCCCCUCCUGCUGCCGGACCACCUACAUCCUUGCCGUAGCUCCCUCUCGGUCGGGGAAAAUAAAAUAAAAAAAGAAGAGAAGACCGCC